AUGGGGAUAAGUCCAUGCGCUCACCACAGCACUUCAGCCCACGCCGACAGAUCUGCACAGAACGCGAUAAAGCGCAAAAACAGAACUCCUAUGUGCAUUGACAAAGGUGCUUCUUGGCAUGGAAGCAAACCCUAUGGAACCCACGGCUAUAGCAUCUGUCAGCGAGACGAUAGCAGCAGCAAGUGUGCUAGUGCCACAAUGCAGGAGAUCUAUCAGAAUGGCCCAAUCACUGGCAUGAUUUUUGUGCAUCAAAGCUUCCUUUCCUAUAAGUCAGGCGUUUACAAGGCCGUGCCAUACCAUCAAGAGGCCAUACAGGCCGUGCACGAAGAAAACAUUGAGAGGCCAUACCAUCAAGAUCAUUGGCUGGGGCUGGCUGAGCAUGGAACUCCCUACUGGCGAACGUGGCGAAGAAUUGAAAUGCAGAUUGGGGUGACCAUGGCUACUUCAAGAUCGAAAGGGGCACCAACCAGUGGUGGAUCCCUGGCUGCCCAAGAGUUUGGUGCCCCUCAAUGCGGGAUGAUCAAAAUGAUGGGUGUUUCUGUCUGA